UAUGAAUGGACAGGAAAGUGCAAUAGUUGCCAAGGCUCAGGAUUUGUAAGUUAUUACAACAAAAGAGGAAAGGAGACAGUCUGCAAAUGCAUACCCUGCCAAGGAAUCGUAUAUAAAGAUUGGAGACGCCAAGUUUGAAUAAAAGUCUGAUUUUGGUAUUUGCUCUGAUCGCCUGAGAUGCAUAUGUCAAAUGUCAACUCCCUCGACUUCCAGUACAGCCUCUCAAAGUGGAAGUUUCUGUGCAAACCAUCUCGGAUAUUUUCCUUCCAAGACAGGCAAAACUCCGGCUUAGCACUUACUUUUGAGCCAAAUCACAAUGAGAUGAGGAAAGUCUUUGACAAGUUCGACUCCAACAAAGACGGGAAGAUAUCUUCGGCUGAGUACAAGGCCAUAUUGAGAGCACUAGGAAAGGGAAGCAAGGUUGGACAAGUGCAGAAGAUUUUAAAGAUUGUUGAUCUGGAUCGGGAUGGCUUUAUCAAUUUCAAGGAGUUCAUGGAUGUACACAACGGAGAGAUUCGGACGAUAGACAUCCAGAACGCUUUUCAGACGUUUGAUUUGAAUGGCGACGGAAAAAUAAGCACAGAAGAAGUUAUGAAAGUGCUAACGGGAUUGGAGGAGAGUUGCAACCUUGACGACUGCCGGCGGAUAGUGAGAGCCGUAGACACUGAUGGGGAUGGUAUGGUUAACUUAAAAGAUUUCAUGACCAUGAUGUGUUAGGAUACUGCCAGAUGGCAUACUAGGAUGAUGACAUCUGUAUAAGGUUGUUAGUAGUUAGUUACUUGUUAAUGGAUAAAUAGGAGAUUGUAAAGAUGGAAAGGCAGUUAAUGAAAUUGUAUCGUUUGUAUUGUUA